UCAAAACAAAACGCGUCUUAUCGAUUUAUUGCCUAUCGCAUUUUCGGCACAUCAUGCGGCGAAUGGAAAACAUAAAACAUCGCACACGUGGACCACGUUUUCUAUGGGAUGCGGCACCUACGAGAUUGUUUUUGAAGCUGUGGCUGAAAAACAUAGAGGAUUUGCGAGGUCAGCGAGUUAAAACGCACAUUCAUCGAGAAAUGGCGGAUGAAAUGUGGAAAUAUGGGCCGACUCAUACAGAAAUCAAAGCCAAAAUAGAUAAUAUGACCAAAAAAUAUAGAAUAGAAAUGACAAAAUAUCGAAAUACGGGUGAACCUUCUAGAUGGGAAUAUUUCAGUGAAGUGAAGGAGAUUUUAAAGGAAUCUAAAUUGGUUAAUUUAAGCCUAUGCAUGGCUGACAAAUUUGACUUUUCACCUUUGGAGAAUUCGGAUAGCAGCGACUCAGGUGAGCCACACGAGAACCUCUUUAAUCCAUCUGCGAUGGAGCACUACGAAAGGGAUCCUACAAAAAGUCCAGAUUCAACAGCCUCCAUCAAAAGCGAUUCAGCUUAUUCAGCAGAAAACUUUCAGCCGACAAUAUUAAAUAAUAAGUCGAAUAGAUCGUCAAAAAUAUUACAAAUAGAGGAAGCCCAGCUAGCCAUACAGCGCGAAAAACUGAAAGUUUUAAAAAGCAUUGCAGACGAUUUAUCAGCUAUACAUAGAGGCUUCCUCAAAGCAUAUAAACUAAAGUGAUCGCCAUUUAAUUUGUUAUUUUGACGGUGUACUUGCCAUGGUUUCUUUUAGCAUUAGCUUUUAAUUAUUAUAUGUAGGUGACAGCGUACCAAAUCGUAGACUAAUAAAUUUGUUAUCUCGUAAAUAAAAUUGAAAACCCCUAAAUCAAAUGAAAGCA